UCCUAACAGAAACUCUUCAUGUUGAGAACCCGGAGCUAUUCAAUAUGCAAGGAUAUAAUAUUAUCCAUAAUAAAGGAGAAUUCAACAAAAAUGACGGUUUUGUUGAUAUAUAUUAAAGAAAAUAUAAAUUAUGAAUACAAAAUACUUAAAAUCGAUGACAUUAAUAUAUUAGAUGUUGAUAUAAAAACAGAAAAUGGAGAAAACCUGAAACUGUCCUCCAUAUAUCGGUCGCCAGAUACAUCUGUGGCUUCAUUCAACAUGGAGAUAUCGGAGUACCUCCAUAAUAUAAAUUUAAACAUGAAACAUAUUAUUGCGGGCGACAUGAAUAUCAACCUACUUGAUCAUGACAGUUUUGUAGAAGAAUAUAAGAACAUUUUGUCCUCAUAUGGUUUUGUUUCAAUGAUAAACCGACCAACACGUCCGGACAGCGGGACGUGCCUCGACCAUUUUUUCGUGAGAGGCUUUAACCCCGAAGGAGAUGAUGCUGGUGCUGAUGCUGGUGUCCUGCAAUAUCUUGUAACAGACCAUUACCCUGUUAUUUUGGGUCUGGAUAUGAUGAUGAAAUAUAAAAAUGACAGCAACAGAAAGAAAAAGAAAUAUAUAAAUUAUUGUAUGCUCAAAGAAAAAUUAAAAGCAGAAUCCUGGCUGGCGGUAUAUGAACAGAAUGAAGUGAAUGAAAUUGCUGAUAGCUUUGUCGGUCUUUUAGCUCAACAUAUUGAAGAAUGUACAAGUGAGGUCACAUUUAAAAAAAGAGAAAGGAUAAGGAAAGGGUGGAUCACCCCUGCAAUUUUGAAAUUGCUAUAACUAUAAAAAUGAAUUUUAUUGUAGGCUGAAAAAAAACAUCAUAACCAAAAUUUGAAAAAUGAAUAUUCAAGAUGCAAAAGUGACGUCCAGAAAAAAUAAAAGAAGAUAAAUAUAACUACUUUCAGGAUUGCAAUCGAAUGAGUUCAGGAUCUAAGGCGUUAUAGGACUGCGUGAAAAACAUCUGCAAUGAGCAUAAACCUGGAACAAAAAUAAAUUGCCUUCAUACAUCAGAGAAAGGAAAAAUUUAUGAUGAUUAUGAGAUCGUACAAUCUUUUAAUGAAUACUACAGCAAAUUAGGUGAAGAAUAUGCUAGUAAAUUAAAGAGUCCCGAAAAUUUCAUUGAAAAUAUUCAUAGAGUUGAUAACUCGUUUUAUCUAGCUCCGGUGGAACCACCAGAAAUCAUCCAAGUUAUUUCGGAAUGGAAAACGAAAAGGUCAACUGGCCUUGAUGGAAUAAGAGCCGAAACGCUUAAAGAAAGAAAGGAGGAAAUUGCCGAACCGUUGACUUAUCUGGUGAACGCCAGUUUUCAGAGGGGUUGUUUUCCUUACAUUUUGAAGUUAGGAGUGGUUAGACCCAUACAUAAAAGUGGAGAUAGGUCGCAAAUGAUUAAUUAUAGGCCAGUUACUCUGAUUUCAAAUGUGGGGAAGAUUCUUGAGAAAUUAAUCAAGGUGCGGAUGAUGAGCUUUUUGAAAAAAAAUAAAAUAUUAUCAAACAGAUAAUAUGGUUUUCGACAGGGAUUCUCAACGGAAGAUGCAAUAAAAGACUUAACAACAAAGCUCUAUGAAAAUAUAGAUACGAGUAAACCAACUCUCGCUGUAUUUGUGGAUCUUGCGAAAGCAUUCGACACGGUGAGUCAUGAAAAACUAUUAGAAAAAAUAUAUAACUAUGGAUUUCGUGGAUCAAUGUAUGACCUAAUCGAGAGCUAUCUUACCAAUAGAUAUCAAGUUGUAAUGGUGAAUAAUAAACUGAGUGAAAAAACGAAGAUCAAUUACGGAGUCCCACAGGGCACAGUUUUGGGGCCACUUCUCUUCCUCAUUUACAUAAAUAGCCUGUUAGAGAUGAGUGGUGAGGGACAACUUAUAGGUUUUGCUGACGAUACUGUGGUUUUAUACGAGAAGGAAUCAUGGUCAGAUCUGGAAGAUACAGUGAAGAGAGAUUUCAGCAACAUAAUUAAAUGGUUACAGCUAAAUAAACUCACCUUAAACCAGAUUAAAACAAAAUACUUACCAUUCACGUCCAGUAAAGCACGAACUGAAGAUCUUGGAGAUAUACAUAUUAACGAAGAUUUGAUUAUCCCCACAGCAGACUCCGUUAAGUAUUUAGGAAUAGAAAUCGAUAAACACUUGAAAUGGGAACAACACAUGAUUUAUUUGACCAGGAAACUGCGUGGUAUCUUAUACAAAUUUAAAUAUAUAAGAGAUUACAUAAAUAGUACUGAACACAUGAAUAUUUUAUAUAAUGCUCUCGUGCAACCGCAUUUAUCGUAUGGUGUGAUUGGUUGGGGCGGAGUACUGGACACUCACAAAAGAAGACUGGACGUAAUUCAAAAGUAUUUCCUUAAAAUAAUACAUCGUAAAAAAAUCACCUUCCCUAGUAAACAACUUUAUGAAUUGGCUAAAGUACCCGAUAUAAGGCAGAUAUUUGCGAUGAAGAUUGUCAUGAGCACCUGGGAGGGAAAAAUUCAUAUUAAAAAAAAAGCCACCAAUAUCUUACCAGAGCUGCUGAAAAAAACUUUGAACGUCCAAGAUCUAUAAAAAGAAUUGGCCAAAGAUGCUGCUCCUACAUAGCUCCGAGACUGUUCCCCCUGGUACCCGAAGAAUUAAAUAAUCUAAGAAAUAAACAAUCUUUCAAGAGAAAACUUAAAAAAUGUAUAAUGGUUAUGACAGAACCGAAAUACAUAAAUUAAUUAAUCAAAGUUAGUAAUGAAUUCCCGAAAUUUUUGACAGACAUAUUCGAAAUUGGAUUUGACACUUACCCGGACUUGACAAAGAAGGAUAGACAUGGACACUUAUAUAAUGGUUUCGACAUGCUGACCUAUAUCUGUAUCACGUAUCACGAUAGAACACAUGUUUUUUUUUUUUUGGGAGUAUACGUAAACAGAAAAUGAAUUAUUUUGCGGCGGAUUAAAAGAAAUAAUAUUAUGUUUCAUUACUGUUCACAGUUAAUAUUCAGAAAUUAACUCUACAGUAUUACAGAGUUUAUUGUAGACAUUUUCCUGAAUAAACUCUUAUUCUAUUCUAUUCAACUGAUGAUCUUACGAAGGCCAAAAUUGUGCUGUUCUUUUUCCGAUCCACGCAGAGUCUCAUCUGAAGCUGACUUUUCAGAAACUCAUCUAGUGGCAGCCCCAGGAGCUUUCGGGUGUAGAUCGGUGAAG